CACAUUUUCGUGUUGUUGUUGCACAUCCAUUGUGGAUUUGCUCAUAGUGGUUGUUGUUUUUCUGACCACUUUGCAUACGCAAAACAAGCACAAAAUUUCAAAAUUGAAUAACAAAUUUUUGCAGUUCGCGAAUUGAUUGGCAAACAAAAGUUUGUAUCUUGUGAAUAAUUGUGAGUGGAGCUCUGAGAUUGAGCGAGUGAGUGUAAUACCUUAAACGUUAUCUAAACUCAAACAAAGACGACGACAAAAUGUAGACAGUCAACAACAAAAAAGGGAAGAUAGAGAGAAAAGAAACGAAUGAAUUCCAUAACAAAACCAAAGAUAAAAUGGCAAAGAAAACAACAGUACAUGCAAGCAACAAAUCUAUAAAAAUAUGUACAUAAAUUAAAACAAAAGCAAGAACAAUAAAUUAUAAUCGAAAUAAACGACAACAAAACAACAAACUACAACACAUCAACAUUUGCAAAUGAAUAUAACGAAAGCAAAACAAAAGCAACAAAUUCACAAACAAUACGAAGAAAUUCAACUCGAGUCAAAGUCAAACAAACAAACAAAACCUACGAAAAGUGAAGGCGAAAGUGUAGCCACGCCCCCCGCCUUCUGCCCCCUACCGCGUCAAUAUAUUGUAGCUGUUUUUCAAUUGUGAACGAAUGUGAAAGAAACAACGUUGCUGUUUCACUCUCCCAUCGUUCCAACGAUCAUGUCCAAGACCAGCAAAAGUUGCAGCAACCACCACCACAACAACAACAACCACAAUCGGCGGCAUCUCCCCGUGCCCGCCAACCUUGAGGACAGCGGUGGGGAAUCCUUUUUGCAGUACGACAGCGACAAGAAACCGCCGCCGAUUGUUGUUGUUGUCGGCGAUGGUCGGAGUCGUGUGCGUCGUGUCGUGCGCACUGCCACACGACACGUGACCGUUGUCAGUCUCUCGACGCGCCACAAGGAGACGCAGACACACACCUCGCACCAUGUGACGGCCGUCAGCUUUCCACAGAAGAGCAUUGAGCGCAGUGGCUCCACACAGUAUGAUCUGGCGGGUGCGCCAGGGUCAGUGGGUCAUGGAUCGACCUCAACCACAGACAGUGUCGGUGGCUAUGUUUAUCUGCAGAAUCAUUAUGCGGGGGGCGGUCACAACUCUGCCGCAACCAUAAACUAUCCCGCGCCACAGCAUCCGCAGAUGAUCUACCAGAUACAGCAGUAUCCCACGUGCCAUCAGCAGCAACAACAACAACAGCAGCAACAGCAGCAACAACAGCAGCAGCAACAACAACAGCAACAGCACCUGCAACAACAUUAUAUGCAAGUACAGGCAGCACCAGCAGGCAGUGGACAUUAUCAUCAUCAUAAUCAUCAUCUGCUGCACAGUCAUGGGCAUCAUCAUCAUCAUGGUGGUGCUGUGGUUAUCGCGGGCAGCGGUGUCGGCACUGGAGCCGCUGGUGUUGGUGUUGGUGCUGCAGGUGCCGUCGUCAUGCAACAGCAACAGUUGCAGCAGCAACAACAACAGAAUAUGCACAAAAAGAACUCCAUAAGGAAUGGAGGCGAUGUUCUCAAACGAACGCGCGCCCAAUCAGCCUACGAGCUAUCACAGGAUCUGCUGGAUAAACAGAUCGAGCUGCUGGAACGCAAGUACGGCGGAGUGCGGGCACGUAAUGCAGCCGUGACCAUACAGCGCGCCUUCCGACACUACAUGAUGGUCAAGAAGUUCGCCUCGAUUACGGCCAUGGCCAAAGCCGAGAAGCGUCUCAGUCGUCGCAUGGUUGUAACCGCCUCCAGCAUGACUUUGGCUGAGGAGAACGCCUCGGCGAAUGCCUCCUUAUCAUCUGCCUACGGCAGCACCACAGAAUCUCAGCUCGAGCAGCAACAACAACAACAACAGCAGCAGCAGCAGCAGGCAGCGGGAGCACAGCAACAACCACGUGUGACCAUCAUGGCAGGUCCAGCAGGAGCUGCCUCGCCAGGAUUAUCCAGGACGCCGCCAACACGCUCGCUGUCCAUGCGAGAGAGACGCCAACUGGACUGCAGUCCCAUACCAAGAAGUCAGUCAGGCGCCUCACCCGUGUCCAUUGCCAGCUCCACAACCUCCGUCUCCGGCCUGGCCUCGCAUCCCCACGUCAACUUGUUGCACGCUGCGGAAUCGCACUAUUACAAUGCCCAGGCGAUGCCGACAGCUGCGUAUUAUACGAGCUAUCAUGGAUCGCCGCAUGAUCUGAGCUUUGCCAGCUCGGCGGACACCUCGUUGAACGCCUCGUGGGUUAAUACGAGUGGACACUCACCGCAUACGCCGUAUUAUUCGGCGGCACAGAUCUAUAUGCGACCCAAGGGUGGCAGCACCACGCCCACGCCCAGCUGUGGCAGCCAGGGCAGCGGCAGCGGCAGUGGCAAGAAGGUGCCGCCCGAGGUGCCCAAGCGCACCUCCUCCAUCACCGCACAGCAGCAGAGCCAGCUGCUGAUGAUGCAACGUCAAACGCCGCCGCCUCCGUCGCUGCUGCGCACCAAUGGACUCUGCAAGACGGCGGAGAAUGGCAGCCUCACGUCCGUGCAGAGUUCCGGCUCGGACUCGAGUGUCACCUCGGCGGAGCGCAACAUGAACAGCGAUCUGGGCUCCGAUCGCAGCAACUCGCCGCACACCUGGAAACGUGGCACGGCGCUCAACAGCUCGCAACAGUUCUCCACACACUCGGCGGACUCGACUGGUGUCCAGUUGCAGGUGGCAGUGGCAGCUGUGGCAACAGCUGGCGGCGUGCCUCCGACAGAUGAUCAUGCCAUCUCAUCGCACACAAGUGCCGCACAGUACGAGCAACACGAGCAGCAGCAGCACGAACAGCAGCAGUUGCAGGCAGCGGCGUCUGCGGCGGGUGUGGCACAGAACUACAAGAUGUCCGAGACAAUACGGAAGCGUCAGUAUCGUGUCGGUCUCAAUCUGUUCAACAAGAAGCCGGAGAAGGGCAUCACGUACUUGAUUCGUCGGGGAUUCCUCGAGAAUACGCCACAGGGCGUGGCACGUUUCCUCAUCACACGCAAGGGUCUCUCGCGCCAGAUGAUUGGCGAGUAUCUUGGCAAUCUGCAGAAUCAGUUCAACAUGGCCGUGCUCAGUUGCUUUGCCAUGGAAUUGGAUCUAUCCGGACGACAGGUUGAUGUGGCGCUGCGCAAGUUCCAGGCGUACUUCCGGAUGCCCGGCGAGGCUCAGAAAAUUGAGCGACUCAUGGAGAUCUUCUCGCAGCGCUACUGUGAAUGCAAUUCGGACAUUGUUGGUCGUCUGAGAUCAUCCGAUACGAUCUUUGUGCUGGCAUUUGCCAUCAUCAUGUUGAACACGGAUCUGCAUACGCCCAAUCUGAAGCCGGAGCGUCGCAUGCGCGUCGAGGAUUUCAUUAAGAAUCUGCGUGGCAUCGAUGAUUGCCAUGACAUUGAUAAGGACAUGCUGAGCGGCAUCUUUGAGCGCGUCAAGUCCGAUGAAUUCAAGCCGGGCAGCGAUCAUGUCACCCAAGUGAUGAAAGUCCAGGCCACCAUUGUGGGCAAGAAACCGAAUCUUGCGCUGCCACAUCGUCGUUUGGUCUGCUAUUGUCGUUUGUAUGAGAUACCCGAUGUUAAUAAGAAGGAACGUCCUGGCGUCCAUCAGCGUGAGGUGUUCCUCUUCAACGAUCUGCUGGUCAUCACCAAAAUCUUUAGCAAGAAGAAAACCUCUGUGACGUACACGUUCCGCAACAGUUUCCCGCUCUGCGGCACCGUUGUCACCCUGCUCGAUUUGCCAAAUUAUCCAUUCUGCAUUCAAUUGUCGCAGAAGGUCGACGGCAAGAUUCUGAUUACGUUCAAUGCACGCAACGAGCACGAUCGCUGCAAGUUUGCCGAGGAUCUCAAGGAGUCCAUCAGCGAAAUGGAUGAGAUGGAAUCCUUACGCAUUGAGGCUGAACUGGAGCGACAGAAAUCCGCACGCAAUCGCGCCACGGGAAACGCCGAUAAUCGGGACAGUGGCGUUGCCGAUGUCGAGGUCUGUCCCUGUCCCUAUCCGCCGGGCAACCAGGCCGCCGGAGAGCAGGCGCCCAACUCCGCAGACUCCUCACAGCUGAAGCGCAGCGCGCUCAGCAACAGUCUGCUGGACAUGCACGAGCAAUUUGGCAAUGAGAAGCCGCAGCGACGUGGCAGCGUGGGCUCCCUGGACAGCGGCAUGAGCAUCUCGUUUCAGUCAACCACCACGUCGAGCGCCUCGCGGGAGAAUGCGGCUGCAAUUGCAGCGGCCGCUAAUGCGGCAAAUGCCGCAUCCAAGAUGCGUUUCAAUCUGCAGGCCACGCCCAAUAAUGUGUAUGCAGCGCCUGGCAUGCAGGUCUAUACGCAUGCCAACUUUGUGCAACAGUCGCAGGCGGCAUUUAUGUUGCAACAACAGCAGAUACUGCAGCAGCAACAGGUGGCAGCAGCUCAGAUGGCACAGGCACAAGCUCACGCCCAGGCACAAGCACAAGCACAGGCACAGGCUCAGAUCCAAGCACAGGCACAAGCUCAAGCGCAGGCUCAGGGAGGCGCUGUUGUCAUGGGCAGAAUACCAGGACGUGAACGGAAGGCUUCACGCUCGGAUGACUCACGCUCCACGGAGGUCUAAAUAAGGCUCAACUAUUUGUAUAUUCAGUUAUUUAGUAUAACACGCAUCUAUUCUAUUUAACAUGCGAGUCAAAAACCACACCCGAAACGAAUUAAAAACGAACCGAACGCCAUUUAUUCAAACAUCCCUCCCCCCCGCGUAAUCCGUAACUCGUAACACCAGCAGCAGCUAUAUUAAAAUAUUCUUAAAUGUUCCUUCGUUCUCUCUGCUAAUAAUUAAUUAAUUAAUUGUAAUAUUAAUGUACAUAUUAUUACACUUUUCGUCUAUUCUACGCGAUUUACACUUAACCAUUUAAGUAAGUUUUCAAAACUAAUUGUACAUAUACAUACAUAUAUAUAUAUAUAUACUACACAUACAUGAUAUAUCUUUAUCUAUAUCUACUAUAUCCAUAAGAUACAUAUGGAAAAUACCCUCUAUGAUAAUUAAUCGCAUAUUCGUAUCAGCCACAGGCUUGGCAACCAAAACUCUUGGUAUACCCCUUUGGGCAGUUCGUAACUUUGCUAGCAUUUUUCUUUUCUUUUGUAUCUAAUCCCCCUUUCUAUCAACAUAUUAUAUACUUAUGCGCGACAUAGUUCUAUUACUUUGUAUAUUAUAUAUUAUGUAUUUCUUAUCACCACAAUAAUUAUGUUUGUGUAACUAAAUACCGUUCAAUCGGAAGUUCGAGUAUAUAUCUCUCAAUCAAUGUGUGAGUGUAUAUACCAUGUUUAUUAACUUAAAAGCAAUUAGCUAUAAUUAUUCAUAUUUAUAGAGCCAAAACUACCCAAAACCUAAAAUAUUGAUAAAUUAUAAUAAUAACGAUAAUAAUAAAU